AUGAAUGAGUGGGUGGGCCCCGACAUCAAUGUGGUGGGACCUUUGGAAAUCCCACCCAGCGAUGAAUUCUCCAUCUCAGAGAGCUCCCACUUGUUUGAUAUUCUGGCAGACCAAGGCAGUCCUCUCCUGCAGGAUCCUGACAUCUUACCCUUCACCAGCUAUCCCAGCAUGCAGUACACAUCCAUGGAGCCACCCAUGUCUUCCACACCAUACUACUCCGGUCAGAACUACUACCCUCCGUACAAUGGAGACGAAUGGUACUCACACACGGGGAUAUAUGAACUGAGGAAAGGACCCCUGGAGGUCAGCUAUGAUGCUGAGAUGGAGGAGGUGUCCGCUGUGGUGCCUGCUGUGUGCAAGAGGACCCGGCACAUGUCGCAGGCUGGAAGGGUCAAAGGGGAGGAACUGUGUGUUGUGUGUGGAGACAAGGCCUCUGGAUACCACUAUAACGCUCUCACCUGUGAGGGCUGUAAAGGUUUCUUCAGACGGAGUAUAACAAAGAAUGCUGUGUACAAAUGCAAGAGCGGCGGAAACUGUGAAAUGGACAUGUAUAUGCGCAGGAAAUGUCAGGAGUGUCGGCUAAGAAAGUGCAAGGAGAUGGGCAUGCUGGCUGAAUGCCUGCUGACAGAGAUCCAGUGUAAAUCUAAAAGGCUGCGAAAGAACACCAAGGCCUCCCCGGGACAGUCGCCUGGAGACGAGACAGAGGGCGCAGACAACACGGACAGCAAACAGGUCACGUCGACCACCAAACCAUCAAAGGAAAAAGUUGAAAUCACCAAAGAGCAGCAGGCACUCAUGAAAGUCAUCGUAGAUGCACACAACAGACAUCAAAUUCCUCAUGACGUGGCCAAAAAACUGCUGCAAGACCAGUACAGCACAGAGGAAAACUUCCUCCUAUUGACGGAAAUGGCAACAAGUCAAGUCCAGGUUCUGGUGGAGUUUACAAAAAAUAUUCCAGGCUUCCUCUCUCUGGAUCGUGAGGAUCAGAUCGCUCUGCUGAAGGGUUCGGCUGUGGAAGCCAUGUUUCUGCGCUCAGCUCAGGUUUUUAGCAGAAAGAUGCCCAACGGACACAUAGACAUUUUGGAAGCGAGGAUACGCAAGAGCGGUAUGUCAGAGGAAUUCAUCACACCUUUGUUCAACUUUUACAAAAGCAUCGGCGAACUCCACAUGGUGCAGGAGGAACAGGCCCUCCUCACCACCGUAACCAUCCUGACACCAGAUCGGCCUUAUGUGAAAGAUCAGCAGGCCGUUGAGAGACUUCAGGAGGCCAUGCUGGACUUGCUGAAGAAGCUGUGUGUCCUGCAGCAUCCGCGGGAGCCGCAGUACUUCGCUCGCCUCCUGGGCCGUCUGACGGAGCUGAGAACGCUCAGCCACUACCACGCAGAGAUGCUCACAUCCUGGAGGGUGAACGACCACAAAUUCACCCCGCUGCUCUGUGAGAUCUGGGACGUGCAGUGA